CUGGAAGCACUUAAAAUGUUACAGAACGUUGAGAGGAAGAUGGCGACUCAUAGAGUUUGGACUUAUGCUUCUGCAGUACUCCUCGCUACGGUAUGUUCCAUAUUCGCUGAUCAGACUGUGAAUCCCAUUGUAGGAGUUUUAUUUCUCCAUGUGUUAGAGAGGGGUCACUAUCAAGAAGGCUUUCGAUCCUUCCAGGUAACAUAUGGUAUAAUUACCAAUACUCCUAUCACAUUCAGUACGAAUCUCGAUGACCAUCCUGAUCGGCCACGGUGGCUUCGCUUUACACAACGGACGGCAUACCAUGAUGGAAUGCUCUACGGCACACCAACUUCGGAAGACAUUGGACAGAGAAUAAUUGAAGUAACUGCCUAUAACAGAAAAACGUAUGAGACAACAAGCCAAAACAUCAUCAUUAAUGUUGAACAGACAUUAGGGUUGAAAUUUCCAUACCAAGUUGAAUUCUUUGUGAAAAACAGAAAUGUGGAGGAGGUAUUACCCUUUGAGGUACAAAAACAAUUCAAGGACAGAGUGCAGAGCAUUUGGGAAUCGAAUCAUUUGACCAUAAUCAACAUCACUUCUGCAUUAGACAGAGGAGGCCGAGUCCCAUUGCCUAUUGAAGGGAGGAAAGAAGGUGUGUAUGUAAAGGUUGGCUCCAGGAUUCCCUUUCCCUCUUGCCUGGAAGAAGAAGCAAGCCCCGAUGAACAGUGUGAUGAUCAACAGGAACCCAUCAGCUGUGAAGAUGCAUUUAGUCCUCAUUUUAUUAUUGACUGGUGUAAUAUUUUACUGAUGGAUAAAUCCAAACCUGAUAUCCCUGAUCCUGAUUUGGUUCCUGGUGAUGGUGUCCUUACUGAUGGUGGAGAAUAUAGCCCACCUUCAAAUUCCCUUGAAGACAGGGACUACUACUUAGACUAUGUGGUGACAAUCACUGUUCCUUUAGUGAUUGCUCUGAUUCUGUGCCUCAUCCUUACUUAUAUAAUGUGUUGCCGUCGAGAGGGCAUAGCAAAAAGAGAUGCAAAGACUUCAGACAUUCAACUUGUUCAUCACCAUUCAAUUCAAGAUAAUGCCUGUGAACUUAGAGAUUUGGCUAAAAGCAGGGAUGGCAUCCGGCCUCUCUCCACUCUCCCUAUGUUUAAUGCAAGAACGGGGGAAAGAGCACCACCACGUCUGCCUUUCAACUAUGACACUUCCCGAGUACCUCUUGUAUUAGACCAACAGGAGCCUCACAGUGACCCCUCUCCAAGAAACCAGCCAAAAACACAACAGCAAAAAACUGGUAAAUAAAAGGGUAAAGGAAAGGCUGUGGACUGGAUCCUAAUCACUCCAAUGCAAAACAUUAUGCUUUCCAUAAUGAAAAUGAGAAGGAAGCCAUGAUGGAAAUGCAUGUGCACUUAGAUUCAUGCUAUUAAUUUCUAAUGAUCAUAUAUUGUGUGUUCUAUAAUGACUGCUGACAUUUGCAGUGCUUCAUUCUAUGUGAGUUCAGUAACUAAUUAAACAAAGUCACUAUUGUUACAAGGAAAUUGCAAUGCAUAAUUUCAACAAAUUAAAAUGUUAUGAGCAUAUACCAAAGUAUUUAUAAAUGGUUUAUUUGUAUGGAAAUAUCAGUCCAUAUGCUUUUAGCAAGAUGUUUGAAAGAUUAUAUAAUUGUUAAAUUACACAAUAGCCUGAAUAAAGUGAUCUACUUACAAGGCAAUGUUGCACCAAAAUAAAAAGCAAAGAUUUAUUGGUUUAUAGAUAGUAUCUAAAUCUUUAUAUGGAAUGUAAUCUAAAUAUCUUAAUCUAAACAUUAUUUUGUGCAAUGUUGGCUCACAGGCUCUUUAUGUAUUUCAUUUCUUUUCCCUAAUUCUUUCCAUGCAGAAUACAUUUUGUGGUUUGGGUAGUGGAGCACAAUUAUCUCCACUGAUACAGUGGAACCAAAUAUCAGAUGCCAUGGAGCCCUGGCAGCCAAUCCAAUACAACCCAUUUUGCACCACUGCGCAAAACAAAUGUCACACUAGUAUGUCAACAGAUAGUCACCUUGUGCUAAGAUUACCAGUAGCUUCAAGGAUGAAAGAUGCAGUGGAUGACACAGUGUAAAUGAUUUUCAACAGAUUACUGUGAAACAGAAAAUAAAUUGCAAAAUAUAUUUGUAUUUUACAUUUGAGAUGGAGCUCUUAAUUUUUAUUUUGUAUUUUAAUUGAAUACAUAGAAGACUAAUUACUUUUUACAAUAAGUUGUAAUGCAUAAGAUACAUCACUGUCAAAUAUAUAACACAACUUUCUAUUAUUUGAAUUCAUUGUUUACACAUUGCUUGUGUUUGCUUCAAAAAAAUUACUUUCUUAGCCUUGUUCCAUGAUAUAUGAUGCCACAGCGAUAUCAGUUCAGCUCUGCAUUCUAAAUUAAUGAAAAGAGAAUACAAAUUAAAGAUGCAUAUUUGCCAGUUA